ACAUUUGAAGAGCAGGCAGUGAAGCGCGCCACAAUUCUGUCCGACAUGUACUUCAAGGACUCCCGACAGAAGAUGCAACUACUGCAGCGCCAGGAAGAAGCGGCGCGUCUUUUGGAGAAUACAUCGAUGCACACGUCGGCCCACGUCGAGGAAUUCACGGUGCCGUUCGAGCUAAUGGGCCUGGCAAUUGGUUCACAUGGCGCAAACAUCCAGAGCGCACGCAGCAUCGAAGGCGUCGAAGACAUCCAGCUUGUUGAGAGCAACGAUGGGCAUACACCGGUUCUUUUCAAGUGUAUUCCUUCAUUUUACGCAUACUUGCAGGUGUUUGCUGAAAACGCUGAAGCAGCAGCAGCUGCUCGCUCGCAGUUAGAGUACGCCGUGGAGUCGUUCGAUGUGCCCCGUGGUAUGGUCGGAAAAGUUAUUGGCAAAUCGGGCAAGACCAUCCAGGACAUCGUGGAUAAGUCGGGUGUUGUGCGUGUGCAAAUUGAAGGCGGUGACGCGCAGAGUCGCGUUGACGAAAACGCUGACGAGCCAGUGCCGUUUGUGUUCACCGGUACAAAAGACGCAAUUUCGAUGGCAAAUUUACUGAUUGAAUACCAUCUGCGCCAUCUGAAAGAAAUGGAGGAGAUGCGUCUGAGUGUGGAUGAGAUGCAACGGCAACUCUAUUCGAGGUCGACACCACCUCCUCCUGGCGGAAUAAAUGGCAAUGGCUUUGUAGCAUUCCUGAGCUUCAUAUUUCAGGACAUCGUGGAUAAGUCGGGUGUUGUGCGUGUGCAAAUUGAAGGCGGUGACGCGCAGAGUCGCGUUGACGAAAACGCUGACGAGCCAGUGCCGUUUGUGUUCACCGGUACGAAAGACGCAAUUUCGAUGGCAAAUUUACUGAUCGAAUACCAUCUGCGCCAUCUGAAAGAAAUGGAGGAGAUGCGUCUGAGUGUGGAUGAGAUGCAACGGCAACUCUAUUCGAGGUCGACACCACCUCCUCCUGGCGGAAUAAAUGGCAAUGGCUAUCGCUUCGAACGUGCUGGUUUCGAGGGCGGGAAUUACGGUGGGGCGCGUGGUGCACCGUACAGAGGACGCGGACGUGGCGGCUCGUUCCGCGGUGGUUUUCGUCAGAAUAGAGGUGGUGGCGAUCAGAUGGAGGAUCGGCGCCGUCCAAUUGAUGAUGAUAAGGGUGGCGACAAAGAGGACAUUGGGGAGAGAGAUGGUCGCCGUGGACCUCCGGCUAGAGGCGGUCGUGGCGGAGGACCUAGACGUGGUGGUCCGUUUUUAUAA